CUGUUUGUUCGGCAGCCUGCUCCACUUCCCCGUCCGCUGCUGCUGCUGCGGCUGUGUGACACGGUAGCAACAGGCAUGCUACCAUCCGAAGUGAACUGAGGUCAACUUUUACUCUUUUAAAGUUCUUCUUCUUCGCCUGUGCCACCAUGGCAGACGCGGACGCGCUCAGGGCCCCGUUGACUCGCAAGAGGAGGGCGACGGUGACGGCGGGGAGAGGUGCGGGUGCGCAGCCGGUGAACGGCGGCUCUGCGGCGGCGGCGUGUCGCAGCUCGGCGGCCGGAUGGGUCGACGACGGCCCCGGGAGGAGACACGACCGCCGCUCACCGGAGACGGCGAAGAGCGACAAGAAGAAACGCGGGGACGACACGAGUGACCGACUGAGUAGCUGUCACAAGAUACAGGAGUCCUUGCUGAGUUCAGCCAGUGGCUACAAUAACUACAGAGGAAUCCUCAAUUGGUGUGUGGUGAUGCUGGUGCUGAGUAAUGCUCGCCUCUUCUUAGAAAACCUUUUAAGGUACGGUGUCCUGGUCGACCCUAUUCAGGUGAUUUCCUUGUUUCUGAAUGAUCCCUACAGCUGGCCAGCAGCAUGCCUGGUGAUCGUGUCCAAUGUGUUCGUCCUGGUGGCUCUCUACACAGAGAGGCAGCUGUCCAAGAGUUCAUUCAGUGAACUUGUGGGAUAUCUGGUCCAUUGCAUUAACAUGGCAACCAUCCUAACGUUCCCUGCUGCAGUGGUCCUGUUGGUCCCCUCCGUGACCCCAGCUGGCGGUGCGUUCGUACUCGGUGUUUACACCAUUCUCUUCCUGAAGCUGUACUCCUAUAAGGACGUCAACAUGUGGUGCAGAGAGUUGAGCACGGCCAAGGCCAAGAAACUGGCCAGGUCACUGUCUUGUCCCACAUCACAGCAGUUCAACGGAGGUAACCGCACGGUGUGUUAUCCCGGCAACCUCACCAUCAGAGACAUGUUUUACUUUGUCUUUGCUCCGACUCUGUGCUAUGAGCUCAACUUCCCUCGCUCUCCGAAGAUUCGCAUGAGUUUCCUGCUGAGGAGACUGUUUGAAAUGCUGUUCUUCAUCCAGCUGUUAGUUGGUCUCACGCAACAGUGGAUGAUUCCUGUCAUUCAAAGCUCCAUGAAACCACUUGAGGACAUGGAUCUGUCCAGAAUGUUUGAGAGACUCUUACGAUUAGCUGUUCCUAAUCACCUGCUGUGGCUCGUGUUUUUCUACUGCUUCUUCCACUCGUCUAUGAACUUCACUGCCGAGCUGCUGCGCUUUGGCGACAGACAGUUUUACAAGGACUGGUGGAACUCUGAGACUGUGACAUAUUUCUGGCAGAACUGGAACAUCCCUGUACACAAAUGGUGUCUACGCCACUUUUACAAGCCGCUGCUGAGGAGAGGAUUCAGUAAAAUUGUCAGCCAAUCAGCGGUCUUCUUCUUGUCGGCUUUCUUCCAUGAGUACCUGGUGAGUGUUCCUCUAAGGAUGUUCAGACUCUGGGCCUUCAUGGGCAUGAUGGUGCAGCUUCCAUUAGCCUGGUUUGUUGGGCGCUUCUUGCGUGGUAACUACGGCAACGCGGCAGUGUGGAUAUCCCUCAUCAUUGGUCAGCCAUUCGCCGUCCUGAUGUAUGUCCAUGACUAUUACGUCCUGCACUACAGACAGGAGGCUGACUGAUGCACACGCACACACACACACACACACACACACACACACACACACACAGUACACAAGCCGCAUAGAUACAAACAACUUAACACCCAAUUUUUUUUACUUAGUGUCUCUCUUCUUCUGCCUGUAUCUCAUACAAAUAAACACAAAAUUACUCCCUGCUAAGAAAGUUAUCAAUAGGGUAUGGAGGGAAAAAAAUAACCAAAGUGGACUGUGUAGAGAAAUGUCUAAUUUGAAACACUAUUGUACAGUAGCUAAGUGAAGGAGGCGACAUAAUAAUGCUUGUUACUCAGGUGAAUUUUUCUUCCAGUGUCUUGUUAAAACCUCCGUCUGCACAGUUUUAUCUGAAAUGUGAGUCGAAAGGAUAAUUUAUUGUGUUUGGUACUGCAACCCCCUCUUCAGCUGUGGGCAGUGUGGUGACUAUUGCUGAAUUUUAUAAAAUGUCAAGGUGACAACAUGUUUCAAGUGCCUUGCUGAAAGUUGCGAUAUACUUUUUGUGAAACCACUGUUUCCUUCUUCCUUUUUUAUGAGCCAAAUGAUUAUUAAUCUGUCUGGUUGUACUGUAGAAGAGAAUACUACAAGGAAAAAUGAAUGUAUGCUGAUAAGAUUGUAUCAGAGGGUAUUUUUUUAAAUUUGGUAUUAUGUCAGUUAUGACAAAGGCCGGCAUUAUUGUUUGUUUGUUUGUUGUUUGUUUUAUACCUGAUGUGCCAUUACAAUAAUACAGCACAUAUCCAGUCACACCAUAUGUAUAGAUUUUUUUCGAUCAGGAAAACCUGAUGGUUUGCAAAAUCACAAUCUGUUUUAUGUAAUAAUAAUGAUAAUGAUAAUAAUAAUAAAUUCUAUCUGUAACGCACUUUACAUUUGAAACAAAUUCCAAAGUGCUUCAAGGUAAAAGCUUCAAUUUAAAAAGACAGAUAAAAAGAUAACAACAUAAAAAAUAAUGUCUGCAUUCAAUGUUUGUGUCUGAAAAUAAACAUCCAAAGAGUUCAAUUUAAGUCUCGU